UGGGGAGGGUAUGCACGCAGGUUAAAAGUCAGAGUUGAGGGUGACUUUUGUUAGUGAGGAUGGAGAAAACACAACGGAAACAAGAGGUCACCCUGCUGACCUGCACAGAGCCCUGUGGUGUAACACAGCUGACAGUGGGGCAACCCAGACUCUGAGGAGGAUUGUCAACAGCAAAGUGGCUUAUAAAGAGAUUUUUUUUUCCUCAUCAUGAGUUAUCCUUGUGUUGUUUGGUUUCCAUUGCAUUGACACAGGUGCUCAGAUUUGGAAGUGUACAUUUAAUAUAUUUUUAGGUUAAUUUUAUUUUUUUCCCCCAUUUUUACAGCUUGAUCUACCAUGUGUUCACCCAACUUUCACUUUGAGUUAGUAUUGGAAAAUAAGAGGAAUGUCAUGGGACAAAAGAUCUAGGCCAGACUGGAGCCCGGGGCACCAGCCAUCAAACAGUUCAAUGUCUCGUGUCCCAUGUUCUCCUCCUCUCUCUCGGUUGUGUGGCCAGGUACCUCUUGCUCGCUCAGAGACUCACCUCAGCGAACUCCUGGAUGGGGUGUGCAACAGCAUGACCGACUACGCCUUACAUGUGGACCCCGACACCCAGUUCAAACAGUACAUGAGGUUUGCUCCCAGGAGCAGCGGCACCACCGAGGACUUCCCUGACUUUAAGAACUUCCAGUUCAACGGACCUGAGGCAUCCAACGCCCUGAAAUUUGCAUGUGAGACAGUGGUGGAGGAGCUGGAGGAUGAUAUCAUCUCUCUGUUCAGCCGGGACACAGAGCAUGUGCACGAGGAGUUAUGCAACAGAGUCUCAGAACACUGUAAAGACAGCAGUCACACAAACGAGGAGUUAUAGUGUCAUUUCACAUUUCCACUGGACGAAGGUGGAACCAGCUUUUUUUGAGGCCUUCAACAGAAUCAGUUUUUAACCAAUAAUUGACAAUAUUUUGAAAUAAAUAAAAAGAACAAAUCUUGAUAAAACCA